AUGUUCAAGCUCCUCCCGCUCCUCCUCCUCGCAGUCCUCCUACUCUCUUUCACUGGCUUCACUGCUGCCAUCCGCGACAUCACUCCUCCUAUCGAAGGCAACACCAUCUGCGAAACUAGCAGCGGCUCCCCCCUCACCUUUGAGCUGAGGGAGCUCAUUAGGACCGGCCCCGGUUUCGAAGUUUUGUGCGUUCAGAAGAAACCCAACGAUGCUAACGGUCGUCCUGGAUGUACCUGGUGCGGGGGGUUGGCCGGCGGUAAUCUCAAGAUCUCUAUCUGCGGAGUGAAGGGCUCUCUAUUCAACUUCAAUGAAGUUAAGCAGAUGUUGAAAAAGUUGGUGGAUGAAUGCACCAAAAGUUACGGCAUAUUCAGAAUUCGGAAGACUGGUGGGAUGUGGAGGGACAAGGGGGGGAAGUUCACGGUCCUCGCACACCUCUGA